AGGGCUGGCUUGCGGACUAACAGCGGCUCCGGCGCUGUUCAUCUACAUCGGCGAUCUCUUUUCGGGCUUCCGUCCUGACAUACGGUCUGGCGUGCCGGCUCGCUUGUUGGUUCAUCCACACAGGGCUUGUUCCGCUGUGAUAGAGACCAAUCGCUGACAGCGCUGUCUCCAUUUGCUGUUGCAACCCUUUUGGUUUUGCUGUGCUUAUCCUGUUUGAGCGGAUAGAAGGAAACAUGGCGGUGUCGCUCGCGCUCAAUUGGUCUCCGCCACCGUCCUCGCCGCUGCUGGACGAGAUGACGCUUUCUCCCGACUCGCUCUCGUUGCCAACCUCGGAAACAGGAGAACCAGCAGCGGCGCGGACAGCUCGCAACGCUUCCCUGGGAAACAGCCUCUCGCCGUUCCCUGCCACCUCUUCGGCGUCCCCCAGUACGGCAAAGGAAAGCAAAAGCUAUAGCAGCUCGCCAAACACUGCCAAGGCGAAGAUAACAUCCAACUCGCCCGGUGGUGCCGCCGCUGCUGCUGCCAGUAACAGAGACGAGAGCUUGCUGACGCUUGCGGGAACUUCUCUCAACGGAAACCCCCCGCCAGGCGUGAGCAGCGCGCUCACCAACGGCAGAUCUUACGCUGCUGCAGCCAGCUCGCAGCCUCCGCCGUCCGCUUCCGAGCCGGCGAUACAUCAGCCGUCGCGAUCGGCAACGGCGCCUGCUGCCAUGUCGGCCACUCUCGGUGCCUCUGCGGCACCGCAGAUCCCCCCACUUAGCGUGUUCAGCAGUCAGCCCGCCUUCAACGGUGCGUUGGCGUACGGGGUACAUACGCCUCUGCUAUUCCCACCCCAAGCCGCAGGUCCUCAAGCGCAGUUCCAAUGGAUGCAGUAUCAGCAAAUGUUAGCACAGCACCAGCAAGCACAGCAGCAACAUCUUUUCCACAAAGGCGUUGGCGUGCAGGCCGCUUCCAAGCCUAUGCAGCAUGACCCGCACCCUCCUAAUCGUCGACGAACGGCGUCGGGUCCCCAGCUGCCCGGCCCGCUGACGUACAACGACACUUUUGCACAAGCUGCAUACCCGGGGCAGCACUCCUUUGCUGCGACGCUCAAGAGCAACCUUCUUCUUUCCGCCCCAUCCUCCUCGUCCUCCUCCUCUGGCGCUGCGCCGUCGUCCUCGCACCCACACUCGUCCGGCUCGUCCUCGGCGUCCAGCAGCCAGGGAACAGGCUAUCACCCCUACCGCCGCACGGCGCGUGGCUCGGACACUGGUCCGUCCAGCUCUCAAGCUAGCGCCAGCGCUAGCGGUGGUGCUUUUCCGUCACUGCCACACCUCGCAGACCUGGCCGCCGCCGGGACCGGGGUCGGAGGAGCAGGCGCAGGUGUGACACACCCGUCGAGAGCGCGAACGUCGAGUAACGGCUCACCGUCGAACGGCUCAGAUGCGCUGCUGGACCAGCUGCGCAAAGGCAGCCUCGGCUCCGGCUCCUCAUCGGCAGAAACAGAGCCGCUACUCCCGACGUCGUACUCGGCCGCGGCCGCAUCGUCGCUCCGCGGGGCAGGCGCAAGUCAAGCACACGCACACAACUACUCGAAGAGCCCCCUCGGUAUCCAGACCAGCCCAGCGGCAGCGGCGAUGAACAAGUCGCCCAGCUCGUCGUCCCUCAAUACCUCUCGGCAGCAGCAGCAACGGCAGAAAGCACCGUCAGCACUGUUGGCCAAUGGCACCGCCGCUCCCGUCAAGCAGUUCAACAUCGAACGGCGGCCGCCACCGGCACUCAACGGCAGGCACGGCCGCGACGAGUCGCUCUCGUCGCAAGGCUCGCAGCACUCGGCCGGCAGCGGCGGUGGCAGCGGUCAAGCUUCCGCGUCGGGCUGCACGACACCCACGCCUGCUGCAGCGAUGAAGAAGCCCUCGCCGCUUUGUCCCGACCACCUGCACUCCAGCAGCUCUCCAGCGGGCGGCGCAGGUCUUUCGUCCGUCGCUGUUGUUGCUGUAGCGCCGGUGGAGGAGUCCGCCGCAAAUGCGCACAAGAAGACACCAUCAUUCGGCAAGCUGCGCAGAGCGCUAUCCUUCUCGACGCUGGAGGGUAUACAGAACACGCAAACGCCUGGUCCAAGCGCAAACGGCGCCGGCGUUGGCGUGUUGGCAGAAAUGGCGCCGAACGGGCGUCAGCAAGUGCAUCAUGUGCACGGCCGUGUCUUGCAGCAGCAGCAGCAGCCGGUGAUCUCCACCUCGCCGGCCGGCACGCACGUCGGCUCGACAGGGUCUACGCGCUCCUCGUCACCGCCGCGGACUCCGGACAACGUGCCGGCGAACCUGGCGUCGUCCGGCGCAUCGAUCACCUCGAAGCGCAGCGCGCGCCCGCCCAUUGCUGGCGGCGGCGAGGGGCGGCGCAGCCUGUUCAACCGCAAGUUCAAUUCGUCAACGGACAACAUCUCGCUCUCAUCCAAGCUCUCAAUAUCGUCGACCGUCUCGAGCGCGUCGAUGAUGCUGCGCAAGGUCGGCGGCCUGGGCAAGCUGGCGCGCAAGAGCAACCUCAUGGGCAUCACCAACAUAUUCAACAAGGACAAGGACCGCGACGCCGACGACAGGCUCGGCGCCAGCGGCAAUAGCUCUCCGGGCGCGGGUGCUGCCGGCAGCAAGUCUAAGAAGUCCAAGAGCAAGAAGAGCGCCGCGGCCAGCACGUUCAUCUCGCAUGCCACGGCCGAGUCGGAUGCCAGCGCCGGCGGCGCGGUGUCCGCGCAGCUCGAAGGCGGUAUGACUCCUGCCGCGUACUAUGUGCGCCAGAUGCAAGAGGCCGAGGCACGCGCCGAGGCGGCCGCGCAGGCGCAGCGCCAACGCGACACCGAAGCGUCCGCCGCGUUCAGCAGCGCCACGACCAAGGCGAAGACAAAGACUACGGACGACAUGCAGGGCGACCGGCAAAAGAUGAUCGAGAAAGAGAAGGCCAGGCUCAAAAGCAAGCGCGCCGGCGGCUGGCGCAAGAAGAUCGGCAUGGGCAGCUCGAGCGACACGCAGGAACUCACCGGCCUCGAGACGACGCCCAUUACCGACGACCUGCACGAUCGUGACGAUGCGCAGCAGCAGCACCUCCAGCAUGGGCAGCAGGCGUACGGCCAAUACGCCGCCACAGGUGUCGGCAUGCCCCCGCCUGGUGUAUACACGCUUGAUGACCAACAGGCAUUCGAUGCCGCGUUUGACGAGGAGGAGCUCGAGCCGCCGCACAUGCCUGGCAGCGCCGGCGGCGGCAGCGGCGCCGUGGACUCGGCAGACGAGUCGGAGACGGACAGCUUGCGGCACUGGGGCGAGGGCAUCGAACGUUCGCGCGCAAGCGCGUCACGCAUCAAAGCGCCCAAGGGCAUUCUCAAGCAACCCGUCGCGUCGGACAUCAUCGCGGCCGAGACGGGCAAGCCGUGGAUGCGCAUGCGCGCCAACUCGUACGACGCACCCAACGGCCCGUCCGCCGGCGCGCCGCUCAUGUCGCAGAUGUCCAACACGGCCGCGGGCGUCGACCGCAUGGACGGCGUCGCGCGCCCCGCGUCGCCGCUGCACCCGACUGCAACAACAACGCGCGGACACCAACGCGCCCAGACGCUUGGCGGAGGCAUUGGCAUCGGCGCCGGCGCGCCGCCAAGCGGCGGCCCAUCGAUCGGGCACCAUCCGAACUCAUCGAUGCCACAGCUGUCGCUAAUGUCCAACAUUGGUGCGGACGGCGCGUACGCGCAGCAUCGCUCUGUCGCGGGCCCACCGCAGCGGCGGAAGCGACUGACGUUUGCUGAGACCCACGUGUACCACUCGACGUGGCCCUCGCACGUGUAUGACCGCCGUGGCGAGCUGGCGACGUGCAACCGGUUGACGCCGCUGCUUGCUCAGCGUAUCAAGGAGGAGCUGAACACAUUCAAGAUGGAGGAGAUGCAGGUCGCGCCGUCGUCGCGCAUCUUUACGCAGUUCUUCGUCUGAGCACGGGGCGCGGCGCUGCACACUUUGGAGCAGCAAGCAGAUUAUUUCCCCCUUUGCCUUCCUACAGGUACUCUCGCCAUCUCCGCCCCCACCCUUACAAUGCAUGAUUUGGUCCCCGCUCAAAGUUCUUGAAAGCAUAAUUUAAAAGAGCAAGCAAAUCCUCCUCUGUCUCUCGCCUCGCACCCACAUGCGCGCACAAGCAAUGUUUUCCAAAAUUCCUUCCCCCUCAAACGGGCAAGAGGACGAGGGACGGCACAAGGUGG